AUGGCUGCCGAGGACACUCUGCCCAGCACCCCGCACCACACUGUACUGAACUCCAGCUUCCCAGUCCUGCUCCCAGAAGACGCUACAUUACAUAUACCAGAAGACGACUUUCAAGCUUGGCUCAACCAGCAGCUUCGUCAGAGCCCAGAAGAGCCCAAGAAGGAGACCGUCAUCAUUGACGAUGACGGCUCAGCCACCGUCUCUGGGGAUGAACCUGUACGUCACAUUAGCUUGAAGCGGAGAGCUUCGGCUGAAGCUGACAACUCUCGUUCACAGAAAGCGCCCUUCAUUGCCGGCAUGGAGGAUUAUGCUCACCACCGCUCGCUUGAAGAGCUUGCCGAAAACAACCUAACCCUCACGGAGAACGCCGAUGUCACCAAUAUCUCCGCGAAGAACAACUUUGUCAACCUGUUCUAUGAUCUGGGAGACGGUACAACGGGGGAGAAGCUAAAAGCCUUACUUCAAGACGCCUGGGCUGAGGAUCCGCUCCUGACACUGAAGAUCGUCUUCAACGCGCGAAGUAUACAUUUGGGUAAGAGCAAUCGAAUCGCCACGUACAAAGCUUUUGGGUGGCUUGCGGAGAACCACCCUCUAACUCUUCUGGCAAACUUGAAGUGGUUGGUUCGGCCUGUCAUCGAAAAAAAGCGCGGGCCAGCAGAGAAUGAGAAGAAAACGGUAGGCGUUGAAGACUUCGACAUCAUUGACGCAGGGGAGGUUGAGAAGAAAAAGGUCGGCGUUGAAGAAUAUGACAUCAUUGGCGCAGAGGAUGUUGAUCCGGCCAAAGCCCAUGACGUUCGGUACGGCAUGUCCCACGGAUAUUGGAAAGACCUCUUGAACCUCGUUGUCUUUGCAGCAAACGAUCAGCUCAAAUUUGAUGGGGAUCCUUCUUCACUACUUACUCAGAAACGUGACGAAUCCUAUGAAGCCAAGCGAAAGAGGAACUGGGACCCAAAGAGUGCGAAGGCGGCCCGGCAGCAGAAGAAGCAGGAACAAAAUGAGCGAGUGCAGAACAAGAUGAAGAAUGAUGCAUUUUACCGGGCGCUUCACAUCACUGUUGCCAGGCUCUUUGCUGAACAACUGAAGACAGACAAGGCGUUAUUGGAUUCUGGGAAGAAAUCAGACCUGAAGAAGCUAUCUCUCGCAGCCAAAUGGACACCUACAUUCGGCGAGUUUCACGACAAGCAUACAUUCAUCCUUUCUUCUAUUGCGGAGAUAUUGUACCCAGAGCCGGCCUUAUACUGUCCAGAUGCUGCAAACCGCGAGCUCUAUCUUCGUCAUGUCCGCGAGGCUUAUCGCAAACAAUAUGCAUCACCCCUCCGCAAGGCUUUGGGUGUUGUAGAGCGAGAUAUUACCGCCGAGACCUUUGAGAAUAUCAAGUAUGAUCGGGUACCAUCUCUGGCUAUGGACCGGUACAGCGGACUCUUUGUGAAGAAAGAUUUUGAGCGCUUCACGGAAUACAUCAAGAAAGUCUCUUCAGGCGAAGCAAAGAUUUCCGGAGCAACUCUGAUGCCGUCAACCCUGGUUAGCAAAGCGAUAAAAUGCGGGCUCGCGAAUCUUAAAGGAUCUGGUAAACCUAACUUCGCGCAAGUCAAAGCAGCCACGGAAGCUCAGAUCAUUGGCGAUAUCAUCGAUGGCCAGUGGAACACGCUCGUAAAUCGUGUACGUGAAUCAGGUACAUUGCAGUCUAGCAUCGCCGUGUGCGACGUCAGUGGUAGCAUGAAUGGUCCAACGUUCAAGGACGGUUCGUGCCCAAUGGAUUCUGCAAUAGGUCUCUCACUCCUCAUCUCAGAGGUGACGGCGCCUCCCUUCGGUGGCGGCUUCAUAACAUUCUCGGAGAGUCCUUCAUACGUUUCCAUGGCCAAAGCACCGAAGGGUCUUGUUGAACAGGUGGGGUAUAUGGAGAAUGCCGAUUGGGGCAUGAACACAGACUUUGUCGCAGUCUUUGAGGACAUCAUUCUACCCAUGGCUAUAAACAACAAACUCAAGCAAGAAGAAAUGGUCAAGCAGAUCUUCGUCUUCAGCGAUAUGCAGUUCGACCAAGCAGGAACACCUGACCGUUGGACAACAUCGUACGAUCGUAUCAAGAAAAAAUACGCUGAAGCUGGCUAUGAGAUGCCGCGCCUCAUCUUCUGGAAUCUAGCUGCAGACAGCACGGACAAGCCGACGACUAUGGAUGACGUGGACACUGCGUUGGUGUCGGGAUACUCGCAGGGUAUGCUCAAGGUAUUCUUGGAGAGCGGCGCAUUCGAGGAUGAAGAGUUUGUGGAAGAGGUGGAAGUUGAAGGCGAUGAUGGUAUCAUGGAGGUGAGGAAGGUGCAGAAGAAGAUCGAUCCGAUUACCAUUGUGAAGAAGGCGACCGAUCACAAGGCCUACAGCAUGUUGGAGGUGGUUGACUAA